CGCGUCGAUUACAGGACAGUUUUACUCUAAAUUAAAGGGUGAUGUGAGGUAGGAGGUUCGGUACAGAGUCUGGGUUAGGGCUGGGUCUGAGGCUUCAGGGAGGAGCGCUUCAUCAAAAGCGAGCGGCAGUGUCGUGUAAAGCAACAGUGCUGCCUGCGAGGAGCAGAAAGCAGACAGAGUGCAGCAGCAUCGGGGAUUCAAGGAACUGCAACUUCAGGAAGAACUGCAAGGAGGCCCGAGCGAGGCAGCAGAUACAAGCUUUACUUCUGUGGGUGAACAGAGCAAGGACCCAUGGCUUCACAGGAGCUUGUGAAUGCCGGAGAGUCUGCGAUGGAUAGUGUGAAACCUGAAAUGGAGGCUGGUGCUGUGCCCAGUGCCGGUAAAACCUGUCCAAUUCACACCCCAGGUGGUGAGGAUACGAAACGGGGUUUUCGGAAAGGCAUGAACAGACAUAAUGACUAUGUGAAGAUUCCUGUUCCAGAGUCCCAAGUCAACCGUUUGCCCAUGGAGUGGUGGAAGACAGUGAUCGCUUUCUUUUAUGCUGCUUUUAACUUGGUUCUGACAACAGUUGUCAUCACAGUUGUGCAUGAAAGGGUCCCUCCUAAAGAGAGCAGCCCACCUCUUCCCGAUAAGUUUUUUGACUAUAUUGAUAGGGUCCAGUGGGCAUUCACAGUAACAGAAGUCAAUGGUAUGCUGCUGCUGGCCAUUUGGAUGAUCCAGCUGUUCUUCUUUAGAUACAAGUCAAUAGCAUGCCGACGGUUCUUUUUUCUCAUUGGCACCCUGUACUUGUACCGCUGCGUGACUAUGUAUAUCACUACCUUGCCUGUGCCUGGCAUGCACAUGACCUGCGCGCCUAAGCUUUACGGAGACUCCCAGGCAAAAAUCCAACGAAUUCUUCAGCUGAUUUCAGGUGGAGGCCUUUCCAUGACAAACUCCCAUCUGUUGUGCGGAGACUUUCUCUACAGUGGACACACAGUGAUGCUCACCCUCACCUACUUAUUCAUCAAGGAGUACUCACCACUGUCUUUUUGGUGGUACCAUCUCAUGUGCUGGCUGCUGAGUGCUGUGGGUGUGGUCUGUAUCUUGGUGGCACACGAGCACUACAGUGUGGAUGUGGUUGUGGCCUAUUUUAUCACCUCCCGUCUGUUUUGGUGGUACCACACCAUGGCCAACUUACAGACUCUGAAAUGCUCGCCCAAUAACUACCUCACCAACACCUGGUGGAACCCUUUGUUCAACUUCCUGGAGAGGAAUGUCCAAACCUCUGUGCCAUGCUCAUACAGUUUUCCCAUCACUUGGCCUCCUGCCUGCCUGAAGAACCCCUGCAAGAAGUACUCCAUGGUACAGAGCACACGAGAGGAGUGAAAUGACCCUCAAGCAUCAGCAUUGCUGCUUGACAAUCUGCUGAAGAUGUAUUUAUUCAUUCAGUAUUGUCUCCUAGACAGGAACCAAAAGCAUACCAAAAACAUAAUUGCAAAUGAAAUGUUCUAAAAGUAGGAUCAUCAUCUUGUCUGUGUAUUUGUCCACUGUGAUUUAUUUAUGAAAAGAUGUCCUGCAAGCUGUCACUGUUUUUGUGAGUGAUUUUUGUAAGGGACCCUAAUGAGCUCCACCUCUUUCACUCUUGUUGGAUACUUGCAGGUUUGUUGAAGUACUUGACAUUGAUUUUGAAUCUGCAAUCAUAAUUCCUCCAUACUAGGUGUUUUGUCAAGGUUUCUCAAUUUGAUAUCAGUAUACUUAAGUCACAAGGUGCCUUAGUGUGUUUGACAUCUGUAGGUGUACCAAAGCUGCCAUUAUCAGUCCUAGUGUAUUUUUAUAUGUGCUUUAUUAUGAAUAACUUUGUAUUGAUUUUAGUAGUCAGAAGUCUAAAUACCCAAGUUGUAGUCUCAACAUUGUAUCACUGCAUUAAAAUUUAACCAUGCUAAAG